AUGUCUUCGCCAGAGAAGCAAAGCGUUUACCAACGGUUAAUGUUACAAAUAUCUUACCUUCUCCCAGCGAAAGUUCGUCCACUGUUCUUACACCCUGCAGGACCAACUACUAUAUUCUUUUGGGCACCUACAUUUAAAUGGGGUUUGGUGAUAGCAGGAUUAGGAGAUAUGAAUCGUCCCCCAGAAACAAUUUCUCUUUACCAAACUGCAAGUCUGAUGAUUACUGGCGCUAUAUGGUCUAGGUAUUCGCUACUCAUCACACCAAAAAACUAUAACUUAUUAAGCGUGAACGCGUUCACGUGCAUGACAGGAACGUAUAAUUUUAUACGAGCUUUGCUUUAUAAAAUACAACAG